AUGGCAGAUGUUAUAACUGUUGAUCUUGAAGCACCUAUCAUUGACCUUUUCAGAAGUCUUGUUACACACAAUAUAACGCAAAACACUGUGGUGACUGACGCCCAACUUAUUGAAAUAUUAGAAAAAGAGUUUUCUAUGGAUACUAAUACGCUACACAAAUUCGAAGUAGAAGUUUACUUAAAUGUUUUAAAGAAAUUCAUCAAGAAUUGGCCAGAGUGGGAUCAAUUUGAACAAGCAGUUAUAAAAUUAAAAGAAACAAAUGACAGCGUCGGAAUAUCAAAGAUACUAAAAGAGAAAUAUAUUAAUAUAAAAGAAUAUUUACGUGGAAUGUUAAAUGCGGCCCAAGAAUUAGCAAAAAGUAAAAUUAAUGAGAUAAAAAUGAAAGAACAACAUGACGAUAAUAAUGGUGUAGAAAUGGAAGUGGAAGCAACGAGGCAACAGUUGAACUGUCUGUUUUACCGCCAACCGUUGCACAAUAACAUAUUUAAUGUAACUAGAGAUUUUAAAUUAGGGCUGCACAAUUCAAAAAUGCUCACCCUCGAGUCUAUUGUAAACUGGUGGGAGGUGGCGAUAGAAAUAAGUGUUAAGGCUGAUAAUAAAUUUAUAAUCUACAGACGUCGAAAUGUGCACAGACUGAAACACGCACUAGUUAAUAAAGAACUCGCUUCGAAUACGCGCAAAACUGCCGACCUCAAUGAACAGAUACUGGUGAAAUCUCGAAAAAUAAACCGCACACAAAUUUUAAGAGAACAAAUUUUAGAAUAUUUUGAGAAAGUACUAAAAUUCGAUAAAAAUUCUAAAUGGCGGUCGGUUUUAGAUAUUUUAAAGAACAUUUUACUAAAUGAUUUUAAGAGUAUGCCAAAAACAUUAAGUAUACCAUGUGAUUUUAGAAGGUAUAUAAGCAAGACUAAAUAUAUUAGAUAUUUGUACCAAGAUGUACCGAAUAAUGAGAACAAUGAGGGGGCUGUAAAAUUCGAUUUGCAAUUGGAAGAAAUUGUUUCACCAAUGUGUCAAUUUCAAUUAAGAACCUGUGGUAAAAACGCUAACAUGGAUGUAUCGUUUGAGAACGCUAUAAAAAUAAUUUGCACGAACUGUCAUUUGACGUUUACAGGGGCGAAUUUUGUGUGGAAUAUUUUAAAACAUUUUAGUGACGACCAUAAUGAAGAACCCGAUUGGAUGUGUCUGAAAUGCAAUAGGGUGUUCACUAUGCCCUCUUUAACUCAUAUGGGUUGGACCCAUACAUGUGAUGUUUCAUAA